AUGAUUUCGCGAGCAUUAUUUGUGGCGCCACUGCAGGCGGCGAUUGUGUUAUACCUAUUGUGGACACACUUGCGGUGGGCGUGUUUGGCGGGAAUGGGAAUACUUGUGCUGUUUAUACCAUUUCAAAUACUAAUGGGUCGUAUGUUUCGGAGUAUACGUCAAAAGACGGCUAAAUUAACUGACAGUCGAAUCCGUUUAAUGCAAGAGAUUAUCGCCGGAAUGCGUGUCAUAAAGAUGUACGCCUGGGAACAGCCCUUCGCACAGUUGGUCGCAACCGCUCGCAAGGCUGAAGUGAAACAAAUCCGUUCAUCAAAUUUCUUGAAAGGGCUACAUUCAACCGAAACU